CGCGUUAUAACGAAUCGGCGUGGAAGGGCCUACGGGCUAUUUGACAUCACCGCUCCCACGUGUUCUCUUCCAUGCAGCGGCUGCGGCACCCUGCGUGACCCCGACCCUCCGCCCCCGGACUCGACUGGCAGCGCAACCCCUCCAGCCUCACAGUUGUUGGAAGCGAGAGCCUGUGCUUAAGUAAGAAAUCAGGCCUCACUGGAGACAUUGAAGCAAAGGCCGGACAACUACUUUAACAGAACAGACAGGAGACUCAUGCAUCAGAAAAGGUGACGAAUAAACGUACUGAAAGAAUAUGGCUGCACAAAUGCCAGAAUCUGAUCAGAUAAAACAGUUUAAGGAAUUUCUUGGAACCUACAAUAAACUUACAGAAACCUGCUUUUUGGACUGUGUUAAAGACUUCACAACAAGAGAAGUAAAACCUGAAGAGACCACCUGUUCAGAGCAUUGCUUACAGAAAUAUUUAAAAAUGACACAAAGAAUAUCCAUGAGAUUUCAGGAAUAUCAUAUUCAGCAGAAUGAAGCUCUUGCAGCCAAAGCAGGACUCCUUGGCCAACCACGAUAGAGCAGUCCUGACGGAUAGACUUUCCAUGCAAGAUUGCCAACAGCUAUUGCACUGGAAAUGAGGAUUCAUGUGAUAGAAUCCCCUGAAAGCAGUAGCCACCAUGUUAAACCAUCUGUCAUGACUGUUUGGCAAAUGGAAACCACUGGAGACACAAAAUUGCUGUUUACCAGGAAUAAUCAAAAUAGAAGGUCUUAUUGUUCAAUGAAAAUAGUAAGAUGCAACAUUUGUUGAAGCCUUACGAUUCAGCAGCUUAGUCACUUGAUUAGAAAAAUAAACCAUUGUUUCUUCAAUUGUGACUGUUAAUUUUAAAGCAAAAUAUAUAUUCAAUCAUGUAUUAGAAAAAAAAAUUUUUAUUACUAAAAGUAAAAUAAAUGGAAGUAUCACUGAGCAGUUGUUUAUACUAUAUAGUAUCAUAGUAUUCUGACUGGAUACGUUGACAUUUUUUUCAAUCAGGAUCAUCCUCCAAGUAUUCCUGUUCAUUCAUGUCUGCCUCAAAUUGCUGGUAAAUACAUAAAAUAGUUACUUGCUAAUCAUGUCAUGCACGAUCCUUUUCUUGCCUCCCUUCUUGUGUCAGGGUGGGCAUUACACAUUCUUAUUCUAGCUGCAUUUUCAUAUAUCUUCAGGAAACAACCCAUCUAAGACUAGUGUGGGAAUGUUUAACAGUAUACUGUUAUGCUCUAGUGGAGUCUGUGUUGUUUUGUGUUUUGUUCAAAAGCUGAGAGUCUAACAUAAAUGAUUCUGAGUCAGACCAACACUACACAGUGUAUUCUCAGAUGUGACAUGUGACCAGUGUAAUAAAAAGUCAACCAGAGUUAAAA